AUGUCUGACCUUCCUCCUCAAAACUUCCUCCCUCUCACUCCUCCUCCCAAGUCAUCCUUCCUCUCUCUCGCACCGGCUACAUCUCCUUCAUACCCUCAGAAGCCCGCCGCCCGCUCCCACACUCGUCCUGCUGCCGAGCGACGAGCAUCAGUCGAGUCCAGCGUCAGCUCCAGCUCCAACUCCAACAACAGCUACCGCAUUCUCAAGCUCGGACCUGUUCACUGGGGCGAGCACGCCGACGACCACAAGCAUGACUUCCACGAUGUCGUUCUUCACUAA